UGCUGCCGUCGGUGAGCGAGCUGUCCCGCGCCGCGCGCACCAACAUCCUGUGCACCGUGCCCGGCUGCGCCAAGGUGCUGCGCAACAGCCCGGCCCUCAGCAUGCACCUCAGCAAGGCGCACCGCCUCCAGAAAUUAAGGACUCCCAGAGACUGACGGGCGCAGGCGGUUGUUACUCACCCGGCCCGCAGAAGCAGCGAAGUCGACGGCGUCGCCGCGCCACCGAGGGACGCGGCCAGCUGCGAUAAUGGCAGCUUUUGUCGGGGGACGAGCUCCCCGGGAUGUUCGGGGGAGCGCUCUUGCACGCGCCGCGCUUGCCGAGAGCGCGCCGGAGCGCCGCGACGCCGUUAUUUCACGAUGGAAAAAUGAAUGCAACAAUAAGAAAGGGUUUGAAAACUACACAGAAAUUGUACUGCUGUCCUAUUGAAGGCUGCCCUAGAGGACCAAUCAGGCCAUUUUCCCGGUUUUCACUUGUAAAACAGCACUUUAUGAAAAUGCAUGCUGAAAAGAAGCACAAAUGUGAUAAAUGUAGCAACUGCUAUGGCACAGAAUGGAACUUGAAACGACACGCAGAGGACUGUGGAAAGACUUUCCAGUGUACUUGUGGGUGCCCUUAUGCCAGCAGAACAGCAUUAUUGUCUCAUAUUUACAGAACUGGCCAUGAGAUCCCUGCAGAGCACAGGGAUCCGCCUAGUAAGAAAAGAAAAAUGGAAACUACAACGCAAAAUCAGCACUUGGCAGAGAAAGCAAAGGAAGCAUUUAUCAGUGCUCACGCCAAUCAUAAUGGCACUCCGGAACUGGAGACGUCCGAGGUGAAACUCAUGGCGUCCUUUGAAGGCUCCUGUAGUUCUAAUAUAAAUAAGCAGACGCUAUCCCAGCCAAAAUGUACGCCGAAGAUGCUUUUGCCAAAGCCCAAAGUGGCUUUGGUUAAACUUCCAGCAAUGCAGCUGGCUCACUUGCCUAUCUUUGUGUCAGCAGCAGACUCCUCUGUCAAACCUGUUGUGGUGGCUGUGGAUAAUCAAGGCUCGGUUAUGAGCACUUUUCACUUGUUACCUCAGUCCAUAGGAAUUCUGAUUCCAGCACUGGAGGCAGAAACGCUUGUGUGUAAAGAUGCCGUGCCCGUUUCGAAGGUGGCAGAUUCCGGUGAUGUUGAACCAGUUAGCACUGGUGUCCAAGUCAACUUGGGUAAAGUAACACCAAAUAAUCCAGGACAAGAGCUGGGAAAUGUCUGUCAAAAGAAUAAAAUCUCUUCAAUAAAUGUGCAGACAGACUUAUCUUACAUUUCGCAGAACUUUGUGCCAGCUGCAGCCUGGACUUCUGAUUCUUCUGUCUCGUCUUGCUCUCAGACAGACCUGUCGUUCAGUUCCGAGGUCUCAUUACCAAUUAGCGUUCAGACUCAGACACUGCUACCCACCUCCAAACUGACUUCAUCCAUAGCUGCUCAGACAGAUGCCUUUGAGCAGGCUUGUUUCCAGUCCUGUGGUGUUUCUAGAGAGACUCAAACCAGUGGAACACAGGACUCUAUUGAUGGGAGAGUGCAUAUAGACCAGGCUGUAAUGUGCAGCGACAUUUUUGACAAUGUACAUUCAUCGUAUGAUGUUUCCACACAGAUUGGAUUCUCAGAAAACAAUCUAAUGCCUACAACGAUGCAUCAAAACUUGUUGCAAAGAAGCAGCUGCAAGAGCCUGAGUCAGGAUGCAAUAAAAUCUGAACCCAUUAUCAACUUCAAUACGCAGACUAACAUGCUUCCACAGCAAAAUAUGAUGGAUAAUCAAACCCAGACGAUGGACUUAUUAAAUGACCUGGAAAACAUCUUCUCGGGUAGCAUGUCUGGCCAAACGUUGGAUAAUCGUGGUCUCUUGUCUGACUCUAGUUCUAGUGCUGACACGCCCCUGCCACCAGCCCCAACACAGAGCACAGGGAUAGACUUCGACAUUGAAGAGUUCUUUUCGGCAUCCAAUAUCCAAACUCAGACUGAGGAGAGUGAACUUGGGAAUCUGAAUUCUGAGCCAGUUUUGGAAUCUCUGGAUAUUGAAACCCAGACUGAUUUCUUAUUUUCAGAUAGUGCCACUCAAUCCUACAGCUGCCGAGGAAAUUCUAACUUCUUAGGCUUGGAGAUGUUUGAUACACAGACACAAACGGACUUAAAUUUUUUUUUAGACAAUAGCACACAUCUGCCUUUGGGAAGUUUACUAAAACAGUCCAGCUUUUCCAUGAGCACCGACUCCUCUGAUACAGAAACCCAGACAGAGGUACCUGCUGCUGCUGCUAAAGAUAUACCUGGUCAAAAUCUAGAAUCCAAAGUCCAGCUGAAUAGUGCUGAAACACAGACUAUGGAUAGCUCCUUUGAGACUCUUGGGAACUUAUUCCUUACCAGCAAUGAGACACAGACAGCUAUGGAUGACUUUCUUCUGGCUGACUUGGCGUGGAAUACAAUGGAGUCACAGUUCAGUUCUGUAGAAACACAGACUUGUGCAGAACUGUGUUCCUUUUUUCAAACGUCUGACAAACCAAGCCAUUGAGUGCUACUUACUAAAAUUACUUUCCUUGUGGUUUGAAAUUUAAGUUAUUGGGGGUGAGGGGUUUUGGGGAGAGACAGGACCGACCAAGUUACCCACAUCGAACUGCUGAAUGUAGUUGACCGUAUGCAGUUGGCCUAAAAGCCUUUUCAUCCUCUUGCAAGGUACUUUAACUGUGUAUAUGUAAUUUCAAUAUAAACUGUGUGCGCAUAGAUGUGUAUGUGUUUGUAACUUGUAAUGUAAGUUUGGACCUUUAAAAUGAACUUGGUCAUGGUGCCUUCCUUGCUCUAACUCUGUUCCAAAGCUUUGUCACCCUUUCCAUUUUAAACCUGAACUUAGGCUUUACUUCUGUCUAUACCAGCUUUAUUUCUGGCUUAAAUGUAGGUUUCCAAAGUCUUGGACCAGAAGCCGACCUGUCUAAUUUUUGACACUGCCCCCUCUGCCCCACACCUUGACCUCUGUUUGGAAAUGUUUUUUGGCAUAAUUUUCGGUUUUGUUUUUAAAAAGACUUGUUUGGCAAGGUUUACCAAUCCUCACUAACAGAUCCCUAACCUCUCUCUCUCUUUCUUUCUCUCUCUCUCUCUCUCUCUCAUGAUGAUGUUGCUGUGUACUACUGUAACUAUGUAUUUUGGGUAUUCCAAAGGAAGGCAUUUGUUUGAACUAGUAAUAUGUCUUGUAAGAAACAUAAAGCAAGGAAAUGCCUAACAUUCAAAUGUCUGGGUGAAAGAUGAGAACACUAGGAUACACUGAAAUUUAUUUACCGGUUUCUCCACUUUUUGCUUAUUUGCAGAAAGAUACAGUGGUUAUACUAUGACCUAACCUUACCAAAGAUGUUAGGAACUGUUAAUCUUGAGACUAUUAAAACCUCUAAAGAUACUUUUUGGACUAGAUUCCUACCCUUGGGUCCUGUACUUCCAGAGCAAGACCAGCUGUAGCUCCUAAAGCUAAGAGUUUUUGGGUCUGUUGGCUUCCCCAUCUAGCAACAGAUCUGUUUUGCCUAUACUGGACACAACAGCUCCUUAUCCCCCAGCUUUCACUGGAAAAUUCAGUUGAUAAUUAAAUCAUGUUCUCAGGAGUAUUUUGUACAUCCUUUUCCCCUAACUUUCAGCUCUGAUUUUCUUUUGAUGUUUCCUGGAUGUCAUAAAUGUAUUUGGUAGCAUCCAGUUCUGUCCUGGAGAUCAGUCAGAAAAGCUAAUUCCAGCUAUGUUUGGCCUUAAAACCCUUCCUUGGUCCAUCACCACCUAUCGCCAGUUUGUGUCAUUUAUGCUGUUGACCUUCAGAGGUGAACUGUCAUUCUCCUGUCUCUUUUGGUAGGACCUCCUAGAGCUGCUGGUCUGUGGCUUGAGUUCAGUGUAGCUGUAGGAUGUAGAUGCAAGUGAUCUCACUAAUAGGGAAUCGGUUUGCCUCAGUACGCUGGCAGAGUCUGUUGCCGUGGUGGUGGUAGAGCUUUGCCCAGUGGAGUUUGUAAAGCAGGGCCUGGAUGACAUUGGCAUGAAAGUGCAAGUGAUUUCUAAUCCCAGCUGUCAGAAUUUGAUGCACUGUUGGAGUUUGAUAAUGGUACAAGUCUUACAAGAUACCUUCAGGCAUUGCUGCAGUAUUCUUCACCAGUGCAUCCAAGUCAUGGGCUCUGUUUGCUACUCGGUCCCAGGCCUGAAUCCCAACGUGCUCGGUCAGCUCGAAGUGGAAGGUUUAAUGCAUUUGACCAGCACGUCUAAUAUGUUUGAGGGGAUUUUGAGCACUGCUAUGUUUACACUAAAGUUCAGUUCCCCAACAACCUGGGUGCCAGGUACGGGGUUGAUUGAAACACAUCUGUAUUUCCCAGCUCUUUCUAGUGCGCAAGAUGGGUACUCAUCCUGUAGUAUCAACAGCAGUGCUGAGGAUGGCCGCCUUUGUGAUUGAGUGCCUCUUGUUGGCUGUUUUGUCCUGAGGCAUCUUUAUCCCCAACUGACUAUAUUGGCAUCUCUAAGGAAGCAGUUAGGUUUGCGCAGAUUCUUGCAAAGUACUUACAGUUGGCAAAUUGUGUUAUUUUCUAGAGGUGGAAUGGACCUACCUUAGAAGUUGGGGUAUUGUGAGAGAGUGCUGGUUCCCGGCAACUCUUUGCUUUAGAAGUUCAGGCUGUUUUGGUGGCUGAGAAUCCAAGAGUAGGAAUCAGUCAGACAUAUUCAAAAAGCAUAUUUGCAGUAGGCUUUCCAGUGCUAGUCACCUAACCAGAAUAGCUUUCACCUUUGGUUUAGAUCUCAGAAUGAAUCUCUGUAAAAAUCUUCACGAAGGAGUGAAUUGUACACGAUUACAAAUGACUGUGGCCUUUGGGAAACAACCAACACCCUUUUUCAGCAGAAAUGAGUUUACUGUGCCUGUUACUGUGAACAGCUAGCUGAUGCAUUUCUCUAAAAUAUGUAGUUACCGAACACAAUAUUUCGGUAGAAGUUCUGAGUUCAGCAAACAAACAAAAAAAUACCCCUUUUUCUAAUUUCCCCCGGCUUAAAAUCUGAUAUGUUGGUAUCAAGUGAUAUGAAUUAAGUGCAAUUUUACAAUAUUUAAUAAAUGUGCCCUGUGUUUAAAGAAUAGUGCUUGCUUUAGUUCCAAAGUUACCUACAUCCUUCAAAUCUGGUGCAGGAAGCUUGCAUCAGAAAUAAUUAUGAAAAUAAGGUUGGGGAAACACUAAAGCAAUGGAUCCCACAUCGUGUGUCUUCUAUUUGGUGUUCAGUCAUAGAUAUUUGUAUUGCAGUAACAUGUGCAGACGAUAACUAGAUUGGUUAUUGUACUAUGCACUGAAUAAGCGCAUCAAAUGGUUUGUAAUGUUGAGUUAUAAAAAAAACUUAACAUUACUCUUCCAGUAGUUUGACUGGUGACUGCAACUGUCCUUUGGUCCAGUUUGUUGCUGGCUUUUAAGGCAACCCCAACAUAUUGUAGGUGUCAAGUUGCAGGUUGGUCGCGUCUCUUUGCCACAGCUCUAUCACAUAAUUUAGACGGCAGUAAUGGACCAACUAGCAAAUAGAGGAGUGGCUUUUGUUUGUUUUCUUUAUUUUCAAAAAUGAAUGAUUCCCUGUAGUGUCUUGGUACUGACUUUUGAUUUUUUUUCUCCAAGUGGUCUUUGGCAUUAAUGCAUGGACCUUUAUGAUCCCAUUUUUGUUACCUUGCAAGCAUUAGCUUUUAUUCCUCCUCUUCCUGGACACUCACUUGAUAACACUAAUCUUGUACUCCAGGACCAGUUUCCAUGUGGGAAAAAUCUUAAUGUAGGAUUAGGAUUCGCCCUGCUUCUUGGUGGCGGUCAUAGCCUGAUUCUUUGGAGAACAGUGGGAAAACCUGUAAUGCUCCCAGAGCCUGAUCAAAAUCAUUGAAGUUUACAGGAGUCUUCUCUUGACUUCAGUGGAUCAAACCUUAAUCAAUUCCAAGUAUCUUAGAUAUGGAAGUGUCCAAAUCUGUAAUGGCUGCAGGCUGUAAAAUUGGAAAUUUUUCCAUGCACCUAGCCUGUAAAGUGCCACACUGAUUAACGUUCAUCUACAUUAGCUGUUGGCAUGCAAAUAUAAUGCAGGCAAUUGCAUACAUUAAUUUAAAACCCUGGGCUCUGCUUCCAAGGGAGAAUACUGGCACAUAUAAAAGUUAAACAAAUUCCACGUCCAUCUAGAACAUUUUGAAUAAUAACUGCACCUAAGCAAGUUUGGAGGACAGCCUCAUACUUUAUAGUUCAUAAAAAAUAUUAAGCACAAAGAGAUGAAGAACUUGACAUCCAGGUGUCUUGCGUUUGUUAGUGUCGAUGUUUCAUACCAAGCACUGAUCACAGUAUAAACAGACUUAUAGCCAUUGAGAGAUGCAAGCGUCCACAUCCAAUUUCACUUCUGCUCUUGUAAAUACUUGAGUUGUUAGUAUAUAAAAAGCACUGUUUUCAGUGCAAGAAAGUGCACCCCUCGCCCAGCCCAGUAGAAAUUGGGUGUCUUGAAUAAAAGACUGUUAUGUGUGCAUUAGUGUACACUAAAGUAAAGCAGUUAGUGGCUAAGAAGAAAACACGGGCAUUUUCUUCCCAGGUGUUUGAAUCCUCAAGCAAAAACACUUCUACAAAGCUUGAUCUGAAGCAUGCAAACUUGGUCUGUAAAACUGGUUGUGGAGAACCUGUUCAAGCUAUGAAUAACUCAGGACCCACACCUAUGAUUUCCCAACACUAUUUUUUUGUCAUACUUCCCUGAAAAGCUUACUCCCAGGUAUACCUUUGCCAUGUCUCUUUAAAAGCAAAAGGCUAAAUUCUGUCCUGUUAAUACGCAUGUCAAAAAAACAAAGACAACAGAGGAGACUUCUAAAGAAAUAAAGUUGAUAGCUCUUUGCUAUUUUAGACCUAGUUCCUGGCACUUAUGCCUGUGUCUAAAAUAAGGAAUGUGAAUAAUAUUCAUAUUUUCAACUUCAAAAAAUACGGAACCAUUGGCAGGAUGGAGGCCCCCACUUGGUGCUUUAUAGGAUUAAAAAUGUAAUGUACCUACUACCUGGAUAAGGUGGUGUGAUUACUACAGUUACACACUCGUUCAGUUUAUGUUCUCAACAUAAAAGCAAAUAUCUGAUUUUAAAAUUGAUCACUAGUCUGUAACCGUGUUUUAAAUUGCCUGUUACGGUGGGGAAAGUCAUUCUCUACUCUGCUUUUAAUCUGUUUUGGGCUGCUCUGUUUGACAACGCCAUCUUCACUUAUCAGCUUUUGUUGUUCCAAAUUACUUUACACCAAAAAUUUCACUUAUGAUAGUGAGCCUUGUUGUUUUUCACAUUUUGUAAUUUUUGUUUUAAAAUGCGGCCGUGCUUGUGUUUCUGAGGUAUAACAAAGUUACUGCAAAUAGGCUUCCAUUGAUAACUCUUUAAACACUAUGUGGUAAUGAUUUUUUUAUUUUAUAUUUGCUUGUCUGGAAUUUUUUUGUCAGUGCAUGGUGCAGUUACAUGAGUUUUGUAAAUUGUUCUCAAACUUCUGAAGACUUUUAUUUUAUAUCAGUUGAUGUGAAUUAGUCUAGAUGCUUGAGUGACAAAAUUCAAUGGAAGGAUUUGCCAGCCUACAGCUACACUGAGUACUCUUAUUUAAAUGCCAUUGCUGUGCAAUGAAUAGAAUCAUAAAGCCAGAUAGUUCAACUGGGCAUUGCCUUGCAAUCAAGUUAAUACCAUGGUGGUGUCUGCGUGCAUGACUACUGCUUCAUGAAAAAUUUGAAUUGGACUGUCUGAAAUGCUAGCAAUCCCUAAAUGAGUUUCUUCUGCUUUAAGAGAUCAGAAACUUUUUAGCUCCUUCUGAUUCACGAUCUUCUAAAGUUGCCUUUUAUACUGGCUUCUAAGCAGUGUCUGCUGCCUAACUACUGACAGAAAACACUAGAUGACUCCCAUGUGUUGUUAAUGUUUCUGCAGUGGCCUUCCUUCAUUUCAGAGUGGGUGACUUAGUGCAUGCAUGAUGCUUCAAGUACUCGCAGAGCUGACUACUCAACGCAUGUAUUUGCAAGUGCACAUAUGGGAAACAGGCUCAGCCUGCUGGAAAAUAUGGCGCAUAUUCUAGUUAUGGAGCAUUUACCCGAUAAUGUUCCAGUUAAGUAUUCGAAAUGGGUAAGUACUAAAUCCCAAAAGUGCAUCUUUCCUACAGCAUGUUGAAACACACUUCAAAUACAGUUGGCAAAUGUCAUCAGAAAUGUCUUAUUCCAUCACAGUAGGACUCUUCAACUUCUAAUGGACAGACUGUUUUCAAGGGGUUUUUCUGUUUGUCGUCUUUUUUUAUUUUAGCCAGUAAACUUGCAACGAAAGUCAGAAAUAAGCUUUUUUUUGUUUGUUUGUUUUAUAUACAACUUACAAGUGACAAUCCAAAGAAGGAGUGUUGUCUUAGUAAUAGUUGUGAAAUGUUUCAUAUGCUAAUGCAUGCAAAGAGAACCCUGUGCCAAAAGAUUUUUUUCAUGUCUCUCAUUACUCUCUGAAGGAAGCUGGAGUGUUACAUAAAGCUACAACUUAUUCACAACAGUGUUGAAACAUUUUUGUUCAAUGAAGUCCUUAAGUACUUCUGUAAAUUAUGCAUAUUUUGGAAUAAACUUUAUUUCAGUCUG